AUGUCAUCCGAUUCUUCGAGCUCUUCAUCCGAUAGUGUUCUUGACGAUAUGGUUAUCGCAAUUACGCAGGAGGCAAUUAAUUAUUUGCGAGAAGAAGCCCAAUUCUCUACAUCGCGUACCAGACAACCGGCUCUUGAACGAGAUCGGUUAGGUGCUCAUGAAUGUCUAGUGCAAGAUUAUUUUUGUGAAAAUCCGUUGUACGAUGAUGGUCAGUUUAAGCGUAGGUUUCGUAUGAGUCGUCGUAUUUUUAUUAAAAUUUCUAAUGAUCUUGCGGGCGAAUUCCCUUUUUUCAUACAAAGAGAAAGUGCUAGUCACAAAGUUGGUUUCUCUGGAAUACAAAAGUGUAUAACAACAAUUAGGCAACUAGCGUACGACACAGAGAGUGAUGCGUGGGAUGAAUAUUUAAGGAUGUCAUCAAGAAUGUGUCGUGAUUCUCUUGAAAAUUCUGUGAAGGCGGCAUAUCCAACCGCUUGGAAAGGGCAACACCAUCGUAGUGACCACGAUGGUCCUACCCUAAUAUUACAAGCGGUCGCUUCUCAAGAUUUAUGGAUUUGGCAAGCGUACUUUGGCAUGGCCGAUGCGAACAAUAACAUCGCAGUUUUAGUGUCCUCGAAUCUUUUCGACGAUGUCGUAGACGGUGUUGCACCAGAUACUUCAUUCUAUGCAAACGACGUGGAGUAUAAGUAUGGGUACCAUCUCACAGACGGUAUUUAUCCCGAGUGGGCGACGUUGGUAAAAACUCUUUCGUGUCCAGAUGAUGAAAAAAAAUUGCAUUUCAAGAAAAAACAAGAGUCAACAAGAAAAGAUAUCGAGCGGGCUUUCGGUGUGUUAAAAAGAGAUGGUCUAUCAUCGUCUAGCCAUCGAGGAUACUUGAAAAUAAAAUGA